UCCAUGCACAAACUAAACACACAUAUAAAAACCCCACACAAAUCUCAUUCCCACAAAUAAUUAAACCAAUCAUGUCGACGGCCCGCCGCCCCGCCGUCGUAGUGAACGGCGUUCAAAGAGCAAGAACCCACCACUACUAUUGGUGCCGCCGCUGCCAACGCUCCAUCCGGACCACCACCACCAACCCCGCCGAGAUACUAUGCCCGCGCUGCUUCGGCCACAUCCAUCACGAGCUCGACGUCUCCAGGGCCGGGCCCCUCCUCGAGUCCGGCCCGGAGCCCUCUCCAGGCGCGCGAGUGCUCGACGCCCUCGCCCGAAUCUUGGACCCGCCACACCGCCAAGACGACCAAUGGCGGGCACAGCCCCUAUCAAGAAAUGUUUCCGAAGACGAUGACGGCAGCAGUCGCCGCGCCCGGGUACUGCUCCAGUUCAUCGGGCCCGAGCGUGCAAGCGGGCCUGUUUUGGCCCGGCCCGAACAGGCGGAGGCGGAGUUGCCGGUGGUGGAGGUGAGCGAGGAGCUGCUGAAGAGCGAGUGGUGCUGCCCGGUGUGCAAGGAGGAUUUCGAGGUGGGGGUGCGAGUGAGGGAGCUUCCGUGCAAGCAUUUCUAUCACGACGAUUGCAUCAUGCCCUGGCUGCACAUGCACAACACGUGCCCUGUGUGUCGGCAUGAGGUGCAACAACGAUCCGACAGCCACAACGACACCAACUUCUUCUUCCCGGGUGAAGACUAUGAUCUUCAAGAUUUUGGGUAUAGAGGCGAAGAAGAGGAAGAAGAAGAAGAUUCUAGAAACUGGAGGUGGACGCAAGUAUUCUUGUCGAGGCCAUUCACUUUCCUUCUGAAUUGGGCGAAUCUCUGCCUUGAUUUUCUUGAUGGCAACAUCGCUCGCGGAGGUAACUCGUGGUGGCGCUCUUGGCCCAUGCCUUAGCUCCGGCGUUUAAAUUGAAGUUGACGAGAAAGAUGCGGAAGAAAGCAGGUAUGUACGUACGUAUUUUCAUUCUCGUUCAUGUUCAUCCACGAGUUUUUACUUAUUAGGCAGUACUCACAGAUGCGCAUAACAAAUUAAUUAAAUAUUUUGUUGAGAGGUGAAGCGAGACAAUUAUGAUUUUGAAAAUGAAAUAUAACUCGAAGGUCUCAAGUAGCUGGAGCAACAAUUGGUUCAAUCAUUCACAAUUAAUAUGGUCUGGAAUUAGCGGGACUGAAUGGAGAUUGGAGGAUACUAUAUGUGGGAAAAUUUAUCUAAUUUAUUUGUAAAUAUAUAGAAUUGGACCCGAUUCUCCUAAAAAAAAAAAAAAAAAUUGGACCCGAUUAUUCAUAUAGACAAACCAAAAUUUGCAUUUAUCUACCUUACUUUUUCUUUA